UGAACCUCCCUCCCUGUCUUCUUCAGACACAACGCCCAACAGAAGCUAAAACCCUCUGAAAAGAUAAAAAAAAUCCUAAACCCUCUUUGAUUUUCAUGGCAUGAAUCCCUCUUCUUCUAUUGUCUUAAACCCUAAUAAUAAUAUGGCACUUUCUUCCGCUGUCCGUUUAUCUUCCUCUCUUCUCCGGCGCAGCCUCCCUCUCUCCCACACUUUCCGCUUCUCUAGGCUUCGUCACCAGCAGCGCCACCUCUCUGACCUCCGCUUCCUAUCAACAACGCUCACUCCCUCAUCCUGGACCCAUCUCCAGCCUGUGCAAGCACGACGCAGAGUCUACACUUCAGCAAAAGAGGAAAGCCAUUCAAAUGAAGAGCAAAAUGGGAGCCUGUUGGUGGUGAAAGACUCCAAUGGAGGCAGAGAUGCGCGUGUUGUUCACACGGAGCUUCACAAAGAAGCCACUGAGGCUUACAUGGCCUACGCGAUGUCUGUUUUACUCGGUAGGGCUUUGCCUGAUGUUAGGGAUGGCCUGAAGCCUGUACACCGUAGAAUUUUAUUUGCCAUGCAUGAAUUGGGUCUUUCCUCAAGAAAGCCAUUCAAAAAAUGUGCUAGAGUUGUUGGUGAGGUUCUGGGUAAGUUUCAUCCCCAUGGAGAUUCUGCGGUCUACGAUGCCUUGGUGCGAAUGGCACAGGAUUUCUCCUUAAGAAGCCCACUUAUCCAGGGCCAUGGGAAUUUUGGUUCGAUUGAUGCAGAUCCUCCUGCUGCAAUGCGUUAUACAGAGUGCAGGCUGGAAGCACUCACGGAAGCAGUUUUAUUGGCUGAUCUUGAAUUAGAUACAGUUGAUUUUGUACCUAAUUUUGAUGAUUCCCAAAAGGAACCUUCUCUUUUGCCUGCACGGCUUCCGACAUUAUUGUUAAAUGGGUCAUCUGGGAUUGCGGUUGGCAUGGCAACCAAUAUUCCUCCUCAUAAUCUUGGAGAGCUAGUGGAUGUGCUGUGUGCAUUAAUUCACAAUCCAGAGGCCACUUUGCAGGAGUUGUUGGAAUACAUGCCUGGACCCGACUUUCCAACUGGAGGACUAAUAAUGGGGAACCUUGGGAUCUUAGAGGCAUAUCGAACUGGACGAGGACGCAUCAUAGUUAGAGGAAAAACAGAAGUUGAAUCACUUGACUCAAAGACCAAGAGAACCGCAGUUAUCAUAAAAGAGAUUCCUUAUCAAACCAACAAAGCAUCACUUGUGGAAAAGAUUGCUGAACUUGUAGAGAAUAAGAAUUUAGAUGGAGUCAGUGACAUCCGUGAUGAAAGUGAUCGUUCUGGAAUGCGCAUAGUGAUUGAGGUGAAACGGGGAUCUGACCCAUCAAUAGUGUUGAAUAAUCUUUAUCGUCUUACUCCUCUUCAAUCUAGCUUUAGCUGCAAUAUGGUCGGUAUUCUUGAUGGACAACCUAAGCAAAUGGGUCUAAAAGAUUUGCUUCAGGCAUUCUUAGAUUUUAGAUGUUCUGUUGUUGAAAGACGUGCCAGGUUCAAGCUUUUGCAAGCACAGGAAAGAAGACAUAUUGUUGAGGGUAUUGUGAUCGGUCUCGAUAAUUUGGAUGGAGUAAUUCGAAUAAUUAAGGAGGCUUCAAGCAAUGCAGCUGCAUCUGCUGGUUUGAGGACCGAAUUCAGUCUUUCUGAGAAGCAGGCUGAGGCUAUAUUGGACAUAAGUCUAAGAAGACUUACUCUUCUUGAGAGAAAGAAGUUUGUCAAUGAAAGUAAACUGUUGAUGGAACAAAUUUCAAGGCUAGAGGAACUACUGUCAAGUAGGCAUAACAUAUUACAGUUAAUUGAACAAGAAGCAGUAGAGCUCAAGAAUAAGUUUGCCAGUCCAAGACGUUCAUCCUUGGAGGACUCAGAUGGCGGUCAACUUGAUGAUAUAGAUGUUGUUCCAAAUGAAGAAAUGCUUCUGGCCUUUAGUGAAAAGGGUUAUGUGAAGCGGAUGAAGCCCGACACCUUCAAUCUUCAAAACCGUGGAACAAUUGGUAAAUCUGUUGGAAAACUGAGAGUCAAUGAUGCAAUGUCUGAUUCUAUAGUCUGUCGUGCACAUGACCACGUUCUAUAUUUUAGUGAUCUGGGAAUAGUGUACUCUGCUCGUGCUUAUAAAAUUCCUGAAUGCAGCAGGACUGCUGCUGGCACACCACUGGUCCAGAUUUUAUCUUUGUCUGAUGGUGAAAGAAUAACUUCCAUUAUUCCUGUGAGUGAGUUUUCUGGAGACCAGUUUCUACUUAUGCUCACGGUCAAUGGUUACAUCAAGAAGGUGCCUUUGAAUCUUUUCUCAGCCAUUCGCUCAACAGGAAUAAUAGCAAUUCAAUUGGUUCCUGGUGAUGAGCUAAAAUGGGUCCGCUGUUGCACAAAUAAUGAUCUCGUGGCUAUGGCUUCACUAAAUGGAAUGGUCAUCCUGAGUUCUUGUGAGAAUAUCCGAGCACUAAGCCGAAAUACAAGAGGUGGAGUGGCCAUGAGGCUGAAAGGAGGAGAUAAGAUGGCUAGCAUGGACAUAAUUCCAGUUGCCAUGCGAAAGGACUUGGAGAGGGUGUUGGAAGAUCCUAGGAGCAACAGUAAGGGCAGUGGUCCAUGGCUGUUAUUUGUCUCUGAGAAUGGUUAUGGAAAGCGAGUUCCUCUCAGUAGCUUUCGGCUAUCACCUUUAAACAGAGUUGGUUUAAUUGGUUAUAAGUUUUCUGCAGAAGACCAGUUGGCAGCGGUAUUUGUAGUUGGGUUCACUUUGGCAGAAGAUGGAGAAAGUGAUGAACAGGUGGUUUUAGUAAGCCAAAGUGGCACUGUAAAUAGAAUUAAAGUUCAGGAUAUUUCAAUACAAUCUCGCUUUGCAAGGGGGGUCAUUCUGAUGCGGCUGGAGCAAGCUGGGAAGAUACAAUCGGCAUCUUUGAUUUCUACAAUGGAGGCUGAGCCGAAGGAAUCAACUCCCAAUGCAUCAGAAAUGUUAGCAACUGAAGUUGAAGCACCUGCUAUAUUUUCCCAGGCAUCAUAACAAAUUUUGAGAAUUCUUGUACAUGCCUUGUAAAAAUAGUGCAAUUGCUAAAAAUGUGUAAUGCGGUCCAAAAUAAUUUCCAACUUUUAUGCAAGUACAGUCUAAUGUGCCCUUAAUUGUAUCCAAACUUACUGGUCGUUGGGAAUAUUGUACUUGGAUGAGAUGGUGCUAAUCCCAGGCAGAUAUUUUCAGGGGCUUUUUUGGUGGAAGGAAUCAAGAAGAUGCAAAUUCCUGAAAUGACCCUUCUGCUAGUUUGCUGCUACUUGUUCCAUAAGCCAUUCAAAUGAUAUUAUAACAUUUUCCUUGGGGAUCAUAACCUUGUGCUGCUGACUUCAAACAAUGGAAAUAUGUAAAAUCUUGAACAGUUCUGAAGCCCCCUUUGCUUAACAGGUUCAUUUGUUCUUUAAAGACUAGAACCAAGGUUUUUUGUUCAAAAUUUUAUUUUCUUAUGAGAACUAUUGUUUCUCUGUGCAAUCAAAAUGAAUUGGAUGA